AUGAACUUGCUGUUGACGACGCUACUCUCACUGACGGCUCUCGUGUCUGCCGGCGAGCACAACACUGUGAACACCUGGGGAGGUGUUCUGCAGUACGACGAAGACUGGGGAUACGUGGACAUCCGCGCCAACGCCCACACAUUCUGGUGGCUGUACGCGGUCAAACCGGCCGAUUCGCAACGUCCUCUAUUCGUCUGGCUGCAAGGAGGUCCCGGAUCUUCGAGCUCUGGCUUCGGAAACUUUGAGGAGACCGGACCGAAGACGUUGAAUGGAUCUGACAACCCGGCCACUUGGGUAAGACUGUACAAAUGUUACAAUAGGAAGGAAGACUAAUCGACUUUCAGCUGCAAGUAGCUGAUCUCGUGUACGUGGACAACCCGGUCGGUGCCGGAUUCUCCUACGUCGACGAAAUUUCCGCCUACACCAAGGACAUCACUCAAAUCGGCCAGGACCUGCUCGCGUGGCUCCGUCGCUUCCUGGCACUUCACCCCGAGUACCGUACCCGUCCGUUCUACAUCUUCUGCGAGAGUUAUGGAGGAAAGAUGAGCGCACAGUUCGCAAAGGUCAUCACUGAUGUACGUCGUCCCACUACUAUCCUCUUUUUGACUAUCUAAUGUUACAGGCCGUCAAAGCGAGCAGUCUGCAGCUGAACUUCCGGGCCGUCGCACUCGGAGACUCGUGGAUUUCCGCGAUGGACUAUGUAAACACCUGGGGACCGUAUCUCUAUGCGAAUGUAGGUUGCGUUUUGCACACUUUCAAAAGUUCGAAUGACUAUGACCAGUUCUCGGGCUGACAAUUCGUCAGCUUGCCAACUCUUAAACUGAUAAGCGGCUUAUUUCUUAUUUCCGAAUUCACUUUCAGUCAUUCCUCGAUGACCAUCAAUUGAAACUGGUGAAUGCGGAAGCGGCGAAAUGUCAGGCACUGGUGGACCAGCAGAAGUGGCAGCAGGCCACCAACUGCUGGGGGAACAUGGAGAAUCUGAUCAGCAUCGAGACGAACGAUGUCUCCUGGUAUAACAUUCUGAAGAAGGGCGACUCGGACGACUGGAGCUCUGCGGCGCUCCGAUCCAACCGCGUCAUGACGCCCACCCUCCGCCUUUUUAAUAGAUUCGUGGCCCCGCAGAACGACGUCUCGCUCUCCGAUUACAUGGAUACCGUCGUUCGCAAGAAGUUGGGCAUCAUUCCGGACAAUGUCAAGUUCGGAGCGCAGGCGGGAAAUGUGUUCAGCUACCAAGAGGGAGACUUCAUGACACCCAUCUGGGAGACUGUCGACCAGCUGCUCAAGGACGGCUACAAUGUGGUCGUGUACAACGGCAACGAAGAUCUGAUUUGCAACACGAUGGGCACGGCCGCCUGGGUGAACAGGCUCACGUGGGACGGCGCCAGCGCGUUCAACUCCACCACCAGACACUCGUUCAAAACUGCGUCCUUCCCGUUGGCCGGAUAUUACAAGACGUACAAAAACCUGCAGUUUUGGUGGAUUCUCAGAGCAGGACAUAUGGUAAAUUAUCGAAAAACAUUCCAAAAGUAAGAAAUUGUUUCAGGUGGCUUACGACACGCCUGAAUCUGCGGUCUACAUGCUCAAGGCUGUAGUUCAACAAUACAACUCCUAA